UGUUGUAGUGGAUGUUGCUAUCCAAGACUACGUGGCUGAUGUGGCCUCUGAACUCAUCUACCAGAACAAGAGUCCAAUCUCCACAGAAGUCCUCUUUGCCUUCCCCCUGGGCCCCGACAUGGCCAUCUACUCCUUCCAGGCCCAAAGUGAGGAUGCCAAGGUCCUGGCCAUGCUGCGUGAUGAGGCCCAGCAGCUGCACGAGGCUACAGGGGGCUGGGAGAAUCUGGAAUACCUUCAGGAUCAGUCUCAGUAUCCAGGCGAGGUGUUUGCCUGCUUCCUGGGCACCCUGGCCCCUGGCAGGGAGGUGGUCGUGACCUUGCGAUAUGUCCAAGAACUGCCACGGGAGCCUGAUGGAGCAGCACAUUUUGUGCUGCCACCCACACUGCAUCCCUACACAGACCUCUAUGCCUGUAAUUGUCGCAUCAGCAAGCUGCCCUACAGCCUGCUGCUCACUGCUAGCCUGCAGUCACCUCGUGGAGUGGCCAGUGUUCAGGCCAACUUCGCCCUCACCCCUGUGGUCUACACUGCCCAGGACCACAGCACUGCACAGGUCUCACUGGCUGGCAGCCCCCCAGGUCAGCAUGAUUUGGAGCUGCUGGUAUAUUUUCAAGACCCUACUGGAAUCAGUGCCGUAGUGGAGAAGGGAGACCCUGGGUCCCCUCCAGGAUCCCUGCUUGGUGACCCCAUGGUGUUGGUGAUGCUGGCACCCAGCAUUCCUGAGGCAGUGCCUGGGCAACGCCAGUCUGGAGAGUUCAUCUUCCUCCUGGAGACCACUUUUCUUGAGCAUGCACAGGACUCCCUGCUCUUCCUUCUCAAAAGCCUGCCCCUGGGCUGCUACUUCAACAUCUACUGCUAUGGAGAAACCUCUGUGGGCAUCUACCCGCAAAGUGUUGAAUAUACUCAGGACAACCUGACUGAGGCCAUGCAGCGCAUCCCCUCCACCAGCUCCAGACAGGGUGACAUGAACCUGCUGGAAACCCUCCGCUCAAUCUACAACACUCCUCGCCCCCACGGACAUACGCGCCAGCUCUUCAUCUUCAUGGCUGGGCUACCCUCUGACAAGGAGGCCAUUGCAGCUGAGGUCUGUCGGCACCGCAACAGCCACCGGUGUUUCUCCUUCUACUUCUCUGAGGACAGUGCUGCCCUGGCUACGGCCCUGGCCAGGGAGACAGGGGGUGAAGCUGCCUACGUCUCCUCUGACAACAGUAUGACAGUUGUGCUGAAAUGCCUGAAACAGGCCCUCAAGCCAGCAGCUGAGGGAGUCUCUCUGAGCUGGACCCUGCCCCGUGGUCUUGGGGUUGAGGUGCUGGGGGGCACCCCUCAGGCCAUCUUUCAGGGUCAACACAGCCUUCUCUAUGCCCGGAUCCAUGGACAGGCCCAGGAUAUGAUGGUGGCCAAGGGAGUCUUGUCGUUGCAGUACUGCCUGGAUGGCCAGGAUGUUACUCACACCAUUGAAUUUCCACUGUGUCCACAGGGAGAUGGCCGGCUGGCUGGGCAUCGUCUGGCCGCGAGUUGCUUGCUGAAGAGGUUGUUGCCAGAGGCUGUGAGUGGGACAGGGGAUGAACCAAGGCAUCACGCAGUUGAGAUCAGCCUCACUUCAGGUAUCAUCUGCCCAUUUACCAGCUAUGUGGGGGUUCGCACAUCACAGAGAGUCGGCUGGUACCGAGGGCCCCUGGGACUGUUGCCACCUCACAAGUCACUCGUCCCCUGCCAGAUUGUUGAGCUUCGUGGCUCCAGUAAAGUCUCUUCCUGCUAUCCUACAAGCAUCUGGGUCCCACCUGGCUGGCUGACAGCAGUGUGUGCAUCAUGGCUUGCCCUCUGCCGACUCACUAAUGGCAUUUCCGCCCUGCCUCAGCAGGGGGGUUGCUCAAAAGCAUGUAAACCACCACCACCACCUAUUUCUUCUCUCAAGUAUGUGGAUCCCAUGGAAUUUGUUUUGUGCUCUCCAGUUUUUGGGCCUUGGUUCACCAAAGUCAUUGCUGAGUGCCAAGAACUGGUGGCACUGCAGAAUGUAGAUGGCUCCUGGGCCCUCAGCUCAGGACUGGCCUCUGUGCUGGAAGUUGAUGAGGCUGAAAUCAAGGGAAAGAUGCCUGAUGAGGUCACAGAGCCAAGCAUCUGGGCCACAGUGCUGGCUGUGACCUGGCUGCACAGGAAUGACAAGUGUUACCAAGACCUCUGUGAGUUGCUGGAGAUGAAGGCUGUGACCUGGCUGUGCAGCCAAACUAUGUCCCAACUGGGCAAGUGCCUGGAGGCAGCCAACACCUUCCUUGGGA